GGCUGAUAGCCGUUGACCACAAAUUGGGCCAUUCACCACCAAAAAUAGAGGACAAAAAAGCAAGAGGGUGAAUAGUGAGCCCCCAAAGAGUUGGUGUUGACAGAAGUGGCAGAGAAAACAGGAUUCAUAGUUCAUCCCAUAUCACCAAUCUCCAUCCAUCAGCAUUCUAAUGGCUUCAGAAGAUGGGGUGAGCAAAGCAGAAGAGUUUGUGUACAGGAUCAGUACCGCUAAUGAGUGGGAAGAGUUGCAAAAAAAUGGAUCCGUCUUCGGUGGAGAACUUGACAAGUCUUCUGGUUUCAUUCAUCUCAGUAAUCUCCAUCAGGUUCAGGCAACAUUACAGAACUUUUUCCUGAACACUAAGGUGGAUUUGUACUUGCUUCAAAUCGAUGCUAAGAAGCUUGGUGAUGGAUUGGUAUAUGAAGCUAUGGACGGUGCCAAUAGCUACCCUCAUUUCUAUGGCCCAUCUCGUAGUUUCAGUCCUCUCCCCUUAAAUGCAGUCACAAAAGCAGAGAAGCUGUCUAUAUUAGAUGGCCGUUUCAAAUGUAGUUUGCUGGAUUAAGUAGUUAUAAGUGGCUUCGAUUUCUUUGGUCAUUUCACUUUUUUUUUGGGUGUGGUGGGAGGGAGAAUAAUGUUGGAACUUUAAUGUAUUACUUGUAAUAAUCCAAAAAUAUACUACCCCACUUCCUCUCUAAAAGGUUGAUGAUUCAAAACUAUGUUGUAAUUCAUAAAUCUAAUGACUGCUCCCUCUGUUUUUUAAGAUGU